GCAAAGUUAGUGACAUAAUUACUAUAUUGAAGGAAUUUUAUGUUUUUUUUAUUCCUGACAAAGACAAUGUGCGCUUGCAUGCCUCAUGAAUCUUUUUGUAUAUAAUGGACUUGCCGAUAUAUUUGCCAGAGCAUAAUGCGGUUGUAAACAACAGACUGGUGUGAAUUUGUAGUGAUUUUUUAAAAUUCGAAUGGUCUUUAAAUCUAGCCUGACUUAUCUUCAAAUGGAUAGUAAUCGCACAAUAGUAGAAGACAAUAUCGAUGACAGCUUUGGAAAUGACCUCGAGAAAAAUGGCGACUUUCCCUCAACCGGAAGUCGGUACAUCGGAUCAACUCAGUACUGGGAUUCCAGUUUCCCGAGCUUACUCACUCAUCUUGGGGUCGACAGAGAACUUCCUAAAAUGAAAAGAGUGCCACAAAAAAGAAAGACUACAGGCUCCACUCAAAAGUCUUCUGAAACACAGAAUUUGGUCUACAAAGAGGAACUGGGAAAGAGAAACGAGGGUCGGUGGUUGAAGAUUGAAAAUAUAGUACGUGAGAAGAUGGAACAGUUUGACGAUUACUGUACCCAGCUGGUCUCUCAGAACGAGGCUAGACGGGAAGAGAAUGAGAGAAACGCCCAUCAGCUAUAUAACAAGCUGUGGUUAGAAGAGGAGAAGAAAAGAGAAGCAGUGAUAAGAAAUUCAGCGUGUGACAGGAUAUGGCGUCACCACGCCUUAAUGCGCCAGAGGGGCGAGGAAGAAUGGAGAAGAAAAAUUGCCAAGAAAAUCCCAGCGUCGCACGAAAAAAAAGAUGUCAAACUAGACGCAGAAUUAAUCACUUGAACUGAUUACGUCAUAGGAGGAAACACGGUCGUUCAAACGCACUAAAUUGUACAGCAGGGUUCAAACAUGUCCAUAAGCUUAUAGAAUCAUGCGUAUUCUUUGUCAUAUUUUAUCAUUCCUAUGUAAUUUUCCUUAUUUGUAUGUUUUAAGGUGGUAUGGGACAACUUCAUAUUGUGACGUACUUUUUAUCAAAAUAAAGAAUGAAAUCAAGUAAUUUCUUAUAUUUUUUCUUUCUUUCCCAAUAUUGUUACUUAACAAUGUAGAGGAAUUAGUUAGAGCCUGAGCUAUGAAUAUAUGUCAUGAGUUCAAAUCCCGCUGAGACUUUUAUAAAUUUUUAAUUCUUUUUUUGGGGGGUCAAAUAUUGUAAAAUUUGAAAAU